UCGAUUUUAAAAAUCGAUUAAUCGAUUUUUACGUGAGUAUCGACAAAUCGAUAUUUUUUAAUCUUUUAAUCGAUUAAUCGAUAAUUCGAUUUUAUUCCUCUACUAUAAAGAAAAAUUGUUGCAAAAAUGCGAAGUCGAUUACAAAAAGUCGGUCUAUUUCUCAGGUCUAUUUCAUAGUUUCGCUGACGGUUGACGGUUGACAUUGAUGACAGAGCGGGCGGACCGGCGGGAGACUUUAUUUUUUCUUUUGGUUGAUCUAAACAUUUAAAAUUAAUUAAACUACAAAAAUUUAUAUUAUGAAUUAUGAGUGUUAAUAAGAAGAGUUUUACAUGGGAAUAUUUUGAAAAGUCAAGGACAACAGACAUUGCUACUUGCCUUAUUUGCAAGAAAGAAUACCGGACUUGUGGAAAUACCUCCAAUUUAAUUAACCACUUAAAAAGAUCUCACCAAGAAAUAAUGACAAAAGAAAAAGAUGAUAAAGAAGACCCUAAUACGAGUGACAGCCAGUCUAAAAGGUUUAAGAGUCAGCCAAGACUAGAUAAUUUUGUUAAGGUUGCCAGUUACAAGAAUUGCAGUACUCGAAAAAAAGAGAUUGAUGAGCAAGUGGCACUGAUGGUUGCAACCGAUUUACAGCCUUACUCGUUUGUGGAAGACACGGGCUUUAGAAAGCUAAUGAAUAUUAUGGAUCCUAGAUAUGUUGUCCCAUCUAGAAAGACAAUUAAAAAUCUUCUUAAUGGGGAGAUAUUUGACAAAACUUUUAAUAAAUUAAUGGAAAUAUUGUCUGAGGUUAAAUAUGUAAGUUUAACGACAGAUCUUUGGACUUCAUCAGCAAACACGGAAUCAUAUUGCACAAUAACUUGUCACUUUAUAUAUAAAGAUAAAAAUGAGUCAGCAGUGUUAGAUACAUCAGAAUUACAGGGAAGACACACAGCACAAAACAUUAAAGAACAUAUCACCAAGGUUUCAGCUAGGUUUAAUAUACUACGCAAAGUAAUUUGUAUAGUGACAGAUAAUGCUGCAUCAGAAAAGUUAGCGUGCUCGCUUCUACAAAUUACCCACUUACCAUGUUUUGCCCACACUUUAAAUUUGGUGGUUACAGACUCCAUUAAUGAAGUGAUUGAAUUUAAAGAUAUUGUCAGUAAAGUAGGGGAAAUUGUCACAUUCUUUAAGAGAAGCAAUGUGGCUAUGAAUAUUUUGCGAGAAGAACAGAAAAAAAGAUGUGUUCCAGAGCUAAAACUGCUUAAGGAUAUAGUGACACGCUGGAAUAGCAUUCUUAUCAUGUUACAAAGGAUUCUUGAAAUAGGAGAUUGUAUAGUUUUAGCCUUGACCAAAUGUGCAAAUGCCCCUGCAGCUUUGAAUUUAAAUGAAAUAAAUAUAAUAAAGGAAGCUGUAACAAUUUUAUCAAUUUUUCAAUUUGCAACAGAGCAAAUAUCUGGGGACAAAUAUCCAACAGCUUCAUUAAUUAUACCUAUUUCAUUAGGUAUACAUAAGCAAUUAACUGAAAUUGGAAUAGGAAUUGAAACCCAAGUAUGUAAGACACUUGUCGAAGCCUUGAAAGUGUCUAUUGUCAAGCGUCUAUUCCCUUAUGAAUCCCGCAACUCUGUACAACUUGCAGCAUUAUUAGAUCCCAGGGUUAAAAAACUAGGGUUUAGGCUGCAAGAAAAUGCAAAUGAAGGGCAUGAGUCUUUAAAACGUGAAGUGGUUAGAAUUAUUAAUUCUGGAAGCCAUGCUGCUGCUGAAAGUUUUGAAGCUGCCCCAAUGGCAAAGGUAGAGGUAGAGGAAUCCAGUAAUAAAUCACCUACUGUGACUAGCCAAAGUAUUUUUAGCUUUUUGAAAGAAAGGACUGAAAAAGCAAUCUUAAUAAAUCCAUUAUCUGAAUCCAUAAUUCUUGUACGUCAGUAUCUUGAAAUUCCUCCAGUGAAUAUGGCUGCCGACAUAUUAAAGUAUUGGAAAACUUCACCUUACAAAUAUUUAGAUACUUUGGCUCUAAAGUAUUUAUGUAUUCCUGCAACGUCAGUACCCUCUGAGAGGGUUUUUUCACAGGCAGGCAUAAUAAUUUCAACCAAACGAAGUCGAUUAAAGUCAAAAAAUGUAAAUAAAAUGAUUUUUGUAAACAAGAACCAAAAAUUUUUAAGUUUUUAAAGCAAUAUUUAUCUAUGUGAUCUCUACCUCUACAGGAGGAACAAAGAACUAAUGUUUUUUUUUAAUGUUUUGUAUUAUGUUUAUUUUUGUAGUAAAUAGUGUAAUACCAUACCAUAGAUCUUGUUUUGUAACUUGAAUGAUUUUUUAUUAAUAAAAUAUAUUAAAUAUAAUUAAUGUUUAGAUACAUUUAUUUAAAAAAAAAUAAAAAUCGGUUUUUU